UGGAAAGACAGUGUGUGUAUGACCCGUCUGAUCAGGGCACUGUCUGAAGAACAUGGAUGUCAAUACAUUUGAUGAAGACAUCACUAAGCAAGACCAAAGCAAACCGAACAUUAACGACUCUGAUCUUGAAGACAUUACUGAUGAAGAGGAAUUUUACUUAUCUGAGGAGGGGGCAGAUAAUGACGACGACAUAAUUGAAAUCCCCGAGUCAAUACUUUCGUAUGUGGAGGUCGUCAGGAGAAGAGCAAGUGCUUUGGAACAUCUCAUUCUUGAGGACUUAGAAAAUGAUGCUUCAGAUGUGUCCUCGAUCCAUGCAAGUUGUUCGGAUGACCUUCUGUCCCAAGAUGCAGCUGACUUUGACGGAAAUGUGAAAUUAUACGAGCCAGAUGUAAUUUCAGAGGAAAUAAAUAAGGAGAUGGACACACCACCAGGUGGCACCAAUUGUCCCAGUGAAUCACAAGUGGACUGGAACAUCGGAAACACAGACGGAGUUCGAUCUGAUGAGCAUCUUGAGUCUGAGCGGCAAUUCCAUCUCGAACUAAAGGCCUUGGAGAGAAAAAUGAUAGAGGAGGACGAGAUGAGAACAGUGGAGUUACAGGCGAAGAGAGAAAAGCAGCGGAACGAGGAGAGAGAACAGGAGGAGUGGAAGAAACGUCGGCAAAGAGACUUUGAAGACGAGCUGAGACGGAUAGAAGGGACCAAUGAGCCUCUCAGAAUAGGCAUGCAGACAAUUGACACAGAGACCGAGGAGAAACGCCAAAAGGAGCUGCUUCAACAACAGGAGCUAAUCAGCAGCUUACAGAGACAGAUGGAGGAUGAGAGGAGGGCCUUGGAAGCGAUGCUGAAGGAGGAGAAGAGCAGAACAGAAGCAUUGCGCUGGGGUGCGGCGAUUAAGAUCCAGGCUGGCUACCGAGGCCUGCUGGCUCGCCGGGGCUUCAGAGCCAGGCUCCACUGCAGGAGAGAGGAGGAAAGGAGGCGUGAGGAGGACCAAAGGAGGAGGGAGAUGGAGGAGGAGAGGAGGAGGAGGAGGGAAAGGGAGGAGCAAGAGCUACAGAGGAGGAGAGCAGAGUAUGAAAGGGCCAAGGAGGUGGAGCGUCUGCGCUUGGAGAGCGAGCAAAAGCUGGAGGAGGAGAAGAGGAGGAAGGAGGAGGAGAGGAGCAAGAGGGAAGACGAGGAGAGUAGGAGGAGGGAGGAAGAUAAGAUAAGGAAGAGGGAUGAGGAGGAGAGGAGGAGAAGGGAGGAAGAGGAGAGGAGAAGGGAGGAAGAGCAGAGGAGGAUAAGGGGGGAAGAGGAGAGGAGGAAAAGGGAGGAAGAGGAGAAGAAGAUAAGGGAGGAAGAGGAGAGGAGGAUGGAAAAGGAGAAAAUAAUAGAAGAAGAGAACAGGAAGCGGGAGGAUGAGAAGAGAAAGAGGCAGGAGGAAGAAAAGCAAAGGAUGGAGGAGAGGAGAAAGAAAGAAGCAGCAGACAAGAAAAGACACAAGGAGGAGAUUAGAAAGAAAGAGCAGGAUGAUAAAAGGAAGGAGGAGGAGAGAAAAAUCCAACCUAAUCUCAACCAUCAGACUAACAAACAUCAACACACCAUCAGACUAAUAGAUGACAUAAACCUAGUAGAAUCUACAUCACAGAAAGAAAGCACUAUACACGACUCCACACCUGAAACAGCGGAUAAAGGAAGUCCCUCUCACCUUUACCCUAACACCACCACCAUAGACCCUCAACAGAUGACCCCUGACCCUGUCCCAGCAUCCUGUAACUCCGGGUUCAUGACCUUAUCAGAGCAAACGGAGCAGAAGAGACUGGCCUGGAUGAAGGACUGUAUCCCCUGGUCCAAACUCUCACUGCAGAAUAAGAGGAAGACGCAAACGCCACAGAGAAGGAGGGCAAGGAGAGCCACUGCUGGGGACUGCCUGCCCCCUAUCUCCCCAGAUGUGUUACUGCAACAUGGAGCUUGGGGCUCCCUUCAAGAGGUGACCACGGUGUGUGUGGAAAACCUCCCUGGCUGCUCUCUCUCCACCCUGGCCCACUGCCCCAGACUACAGUCUCUUACCCUCAGGCGCUGUGGCCUCAGAGCCUUGGAGGGACUAGGCCAGUGUGUGGAGCUUCGCUACAUAGAUGUACAGGAAAAUGUGAUCACAUCUGUGGACUGUGAGAAUCUAGUGAACUUGCAGGUUCUCCACCUCAGCCGGAACCGCCUGACAUCUAUCCAUGGUUUAGAAGGAGCUGUGAACCUGACAGUGCUGGAGCUGUCAUAUAACUUAAUUACUCGCAUUGGUGGUUUGGAGUCCUUGAAGAAGCUACAGAGGCUUUGCAUCGACCACAACCAGCUGAUAAGCACCAGCGAGCUGAGGGUGGUAUACACACUCCUUCACCUAGACUGCUCCUCCAACCACCUGAGCACCGUGGAGGGCUUGGACAACUGUGCCCUGCUCAACACACUCAACCUGAGGGCCAACAACCUCACUGAGCCCCCUCUGUUGAAGAACCAGGUCCUCCUACGAGAGCUGCAUCUGGAGGACAACAACAUCUCCUCCAUGGGGGGCCUCACGGCCUGCUGGCUGCCCUUACUGCAGCUCUUCUCUGUGGCACAGAACAGUAUUACCCAGCUUCCCUUGCUGUCUGACUUUGUAUCUUUGGAAAAGCUGGAUCUCAGCCACAACUGCCUCUCAGAGGUGGAGAAUGUGUGUGAGAGUCUGAAGAGGUGUCCUUUUCUUCUGGAUGUGGACCUGACGGGAAACCCACUUCAACAGGAAGUCGACUGGAGGUCGUCCUUGCUGAAGGCAGUGCCUGGUCUAAGGGAUGUGGAUGGUCAUCCGCCUGGCUCCUCUCCACCACCCCCUACUGGUGUGGUGCUCUGCAGCACCCUGCCUGAGGGCAGCUUCCUAGCCUUCUGUCAGGCUCAACUCCAACAGGUCUACACACUGGAGGACGCACAGCGCAGGGAGCUAGGUGAGGCUGUUUCUCCGCUGAGUGCUGUGAAGGUCUUCAGCAGACACCGUGAUGAGAAUCUGCAGCUGGCCGAGGAGCAUCGGUAUGCUCACGAAUACGGUGACACCACUGUCGACCGAAGACCAAGUGACAAAAGUGACAUUCAGACAGUGGAGAUAAUGGACAAAGCUCAUGAGAGUAUCAAUAGAUGUAUCAGUGAAUGCUUUGCUGGGCCUGGGACAAAGGAACCGGGACGCCAAGAGUUGCACAAGGUUUCCCCCCUCAGCCCAAACAAGCGUAACAACCAAGAGGUGACACCUGACAAGAAGGUCCAGCUACCAAGACACAGACCCAGCUGUAGUCCAAGGAUUGGGUCCUCUAGGACAGAGCUAAGCGCGGCACUUAGCUAUGCUAAGGCUCAAUAUCCCAAUGCUACCACCUCAGAGGAGAAGCCUCGUGCUGAGCCAAGCAAAGCACCCGUUCCAAACCCUUGCAACCGAGACAUCAAAAGUAUGGCAGCUGUUGUGAUUCAGCGCCACUGGCGAAAACACAGAAGAUGUAGGAGGAUACCACUUCUCCAUGAUGAAGGAGGGGGAGGAAAGAGAAUAGGACGAAGAGAAAAUGGACAUGGACGAGGAGGGGGAGGAAGAAAAUUUGAUGCUGGAAUCACUAAGAAUGGCCAACGCUGUCUGGACCUGGGCUAUGCCGCAACUGUCAUCCAGGCAUCCUGGAGGGGUUGGUCUCUCAGAAAGAGACUUGCUUCGGCUCUCGCCGCUGCUCGCAUGGAUGCGGAGGAAGACGGCUCUGAGGAGAUGCAUGUGGAUGAAUUUGUCUUUGAUGAGACAUUGUUGGAAAGAGACUGGACAUCCCUGGUCUUAGCAGACUCUCCUCCCCAAAGUCUCCCUCUACCACCGCAGGCGUCACAUCCAAAGCACCACUUUCCAGACCCCUACCCCUACCAGCCCAGACUCCCCCCUGACCUGCAGUGGAAACCCAAGCAUGCUUGGUUAGGAGCAGAGACACCCUUGGAGUACACAAAGAGAGGAGUUUCCCAUCAUAGCACUAGCAGGAAAAAAUCUCCUGCCUCGCCAUCAGGACUUAGCGGUCUCUCAGAAAGAUCUGAGAAAAUUCUGGAGGAAUGGGGUUUCACGGACAGCCACACUGCUCUGCUGAUGCUGAAGAGAGCUGAGAAGAUGAAGUCUAAGAAGCAGAGGCGGCGGAAGCUACUUGACUCAUCGGUACGCCUGGCCCUGUUUAGGAACCACAGCAACCAGCAUGUCCCUAUUGAGGCACCAGAGAAGCACUCACCAGUGAAGAACGACUGCUUCAAACCUCGCGGUGAAGAGCUGGUGGAGCAGGAGGCAGGGAAAGUGGAACAGACAAGACUGAAGCAGGAACGCACUUACCAGUGGCUUCACACCCAGGCUCUGGACCCCGAUCAACUGUCAGAGAGUGAUCAUUUCCUACCCCAGAUUGAUCCAGACGUUUUGAAUGGAGGCCGAGUGCAGCUUGUGGCUGCGGCAGGGAACCGAGGAGGGCCUGAUCAGGCCUCUGGGUUGUGGGCUAACGGUGCUUCCAUCUCUCCGCCACCUAGCAAACACAGUCAGGGUCAAAACGGCUCUUCGGUACUUUCAAAAAAGAAUGUGCCAUCACCUAAUAGAGCCCAAUCUGCUCCAUCGAAAAAAGAGCGCAUGUCUUUUCGGGACAACCCAGUCCAGAGGAGUGGUGGAUGGGGAGGAGGGAAGAAGAGGGACAGAGUUCAGAAGUAAAACACCCUCAUAAUCCAGAGUUUGACCCACUGCAUUAGCCGUAUACUUUGAAAAACAAAUGAUAGUAUAAUUAUAAUUAAUGUAUCAGAAUGCUAUUCUCCAACAGCAAUUCACAGUGUACAUCAGAAUACCUCAGUUUUGGGGAAAACAUACUUGUUCUAAUAAUCAGGAAUGUUUGAAUUAUAAUAUUUUAUUAGUUAAAGUAAACAUGUCAAUAUAUUGUUUAUUUCAGUGUAAUAUGAACUUACAUUUCUCAUCAAAAGAAGAUGUAAUUGGUUUCUUACGAUGAAAUUCACUGCAGCUGUCUCUUAGCUAGGAUUGGGCUCCCUCAUCUGAAAAUUAAUUAAAAGCAAUAGGAGGAGGUCAAGUCUAAAUAUCUGCAGGCGCUUACAUUCUGGUCAUUAUGCUCGGAUAUCACUGUCUUAACACAACCGCAGCCAAAGACUUGGUUAAAGAAUGACAUGCUUAAUAUGCAGACGAUGUCUAGAAAUGGGAAACAGUUGGUUGACUUUUUUGUAAAAUAAGAAAAGAAACAACCUUCAGACAGCUACUUUGUUGGCCUAAUGUAGUUGCUGUUCCGCUAUACGUUGUUCCCCCAAUUUAAAUAACAAUUACAUGAAUUCAAUAAAAAGUUUAUUUAUUUGAGUGUACUAUUGAAGUAACGGCAGUUUCUGUAUUUGACGUCAUUGUCCACAGACAACAGCUCUCUUUUUCAGAAAUCUUGGCUGUUUCGAUAGGAGCAUAAACAUUGAUGUUCAAAUUAGAAUGCUGUUUUCUUUAUCAGCUGUGGAUUACUGUAGUCAUGUUUGUGUAUUUGAAUUUGGAGAGCCGAUCCGUCUGUCUGCAAACAAGGCCCCACCAGAGGCGGGAAACCUCGAUGUGGAGGUUCCUAGCUGGUCGCCUGCCUGGAAAUGAUAAGUUAAUGAAUGUGAAAACAAAUAAAUGAGUCUGAAAGGAGAGAGGCACUCUAGCAGAAAAUCAUAUUCCUUUAUUUAUUUUCUCCUCUCUGAGAACUUUCAUAUUUCUACAUUGGUUGUGUUUUGAAUGUUUGGGCUGAUAGGGAAUUUUGUCUAGAGCUAGUUACAUGUGGCAGUGGUCCUACCCAUUAAGGGCUGUUAUGACAUGAAACCCAAGAGCACUGUCCUGGGGGGGCAUUGAACUCUCAUACCCCCUGGGGAGGAUCCAUGCUUCUCGUUGAGAUGUGCUCUUCAGCCAGUAUAACGUCAUCAGCCUAGUGUGAGUGUAAAACUGCAUCCAACCCUAAUUCCGAUUGAUAUCCCUUGUCCAGAACAAAUUCUAGAUGCUCAUGGGAUUUUGGAAUAGGAAGAGAUCUUGACUUUAGUUAGAAUUUCUGAGUACACCAUACUGAGCUUUUUUGUCUUUCAUUUCAAAGUCUAUAGUACAAAUGGAUGCAAGUAUAGUUGUGUGCCAA